AUGCCGCGGCUGGGUCGUCGUCAAGGCUCGUCUUUUGCCUUUCUUGCACUUCUCAUCGGUUCUUUGAGCACCUUCUGCUUCGUAUGUGGGCCGCAAAGACUGAAGCAGGUCGGCAACCCGACGACGACAGACAUCCGCCGAUUCGGCGCAGUGGCCGAGGCACCUGCGCUCGAGGACUUGCAGACGCAGGCUGAGUCGGCCGGAAACAUGACGGAGGAAGAGUUCUGGCGCCUGGUUGACGACUCCAAGGUCUCUGAGGUCAUCAUUUCUUCUUGGAGUGAGAAGCAGCUUCUCGCUCGAGUCGAAGGAGAGUUGGUGGCCGUUGUGGAAGACAGCGAGGUUGAAGACCUCCGAAACGAGCUGCUUGUCCGUGGCAUUCCUGUGCGAUAUCCGGCUGGAGAGGAGCUGAGUGACGAGGAUGCGCUGGCACGAGCUGAGCUGAGCUCCGAAGGUCCCGUUGCCGGCGGACUUCUUUCGGCCAUGGCCCUCGGCAUUGCAGACAGCUUAGUGGAGAUCAGCGCGUCAGUUGCGGUUCCUGCGUUGGAGGUGGAAGGCCAGUCCUUGAUGGAGGCAAAGCCAGCAGAUGCAGUGGUCGCGGAAGAUCUCGGCCUGCUGAACAAGGAUCUUCGCAUCCUUGAGCGUGCGGUGGAAGGUGUGGAGCGCUCAGUGGAGGCUGACUUCCAGGCUGCAGAAAGCCUGGCAUCCCAAGAGGCAGAGCCUGACGGAUUGCGCUUCAGCCUGUCGUUCCGUGCUAUCACGGAUGUGUUGAUGACCGGAGUAUAUGCGAACACUCAUAACAUGCAGUCAUUGCAGGCGACACCUGAUUUGCAAAACCCCCGGUAUGCAGACUCAUGUGCGUCUGUCGAUUUUCUGACUGUUGUUGCAGCCAUCUGA